AAGGAGUACUACACAGUGUAGUCUACACUCCAUAGUAUGAAACCAGAUUGUGUAGUUUUUUUACUGCUCCGUAUUCUACGAUCAGAUCUUGAGUUGAUUUCCCCAGUGAAUUGGGAAUGGUUAAUGCGAGCCUGUCCGCCGCAUCCAAGCGAAAUGCGCGGCAGUUCCGGCCGCUGAACGUGAUCUCAGCUGCCUUCUUCGCGGCGGUCUUCAUUUUCUUCUUCUUCGUCUUCUCGCGACUUGGCGAUUCCCCUGGACCGUCAGGGAGGAAACCUACUCUCCGCUCCGCCGUGGAUCCUCAGCAGCGUAGCCGGCUAGUGGAGCUCAUAGAGGCGGGGCAGCUGUCUUCCCCUGUCCCGUCCUGCCCUGCCGGUGAUGUCGACCACAUGCCAUGUGAGGACCCAAGAAUCAACAGCCAGCUUAGUAGAGAGAUGAAUUACUACAGGGAGAGGCAUUGUCCCUUGCCGGAGCAGACUCCGCUCUGCUUGAUUCCACCGCCUAAGGGUUACCGCGUUCCUGUCCCGUGGCCGGAAAGUCUGCACAAAGAAAUUUUGUUGCAGACACAUGGCACAAUGUUACCCAAAAUUUUAAGUUACUGAAAGUGAAGGAUUCUUGAAUAAUUCCAACUCAGUAGUGGUAGCUAACUAGAACUAAGGCAUUGAGAAGGUCCAUCACAUCUUUUGCAGAAUUGCACUAUGCGCAUCCGUUGAGUUAAAAUCUGGCUAUGGUUAGCUGGAUUGUACAUUGGAUAUGGCAUGAAAACAUGCCUUACAACAAAAUAGCGGACAGGAAAGGGCACCAAGGAUGGAUGAAGAAAGAGGGUCCUUGCUUUAUCUUUCCUGGUGGUGGUACCAUGUUCCCAGAUGGAGCUGUACAAUAUAUCAAUAAACUUAAGAAAUAUAUUCCUAUAGCUGGUGGUGUUUUGAGGACUGCUCUUGAUAUGGGAUGUGGGGUUGCCAGCUUCGGUGGUUACCUACUUGCUGAAGACAUCUUGACCCUUUCUUUUGCUCCCAGAGAUUCACACAAAGCACAAAUACAAUUUGCCUUGGAGCGAGGAAUACCUGCAUUUGUUGUCAUGCUUGGAACCCAAAGACUCCCAUUUCCUGCUUUUGCAUUUGAUUUAGUGCACUGCUCUAGGUGCUUGAUUCCUUAUACGGCAUAUAAUGCAACAUACUUCUUGGAAGUGGACCGAUUACUUCGUCCUGGUGGCUACUUUGUCAUCUCUGGCCCUCCUGUGCAGUGGCCUAAAGAAGAGAAAAAGUGGGCAGAGCUUCAAGCUGUUGCCAGAUCAAUUUGUUAUGAACAGGUUGUUGUGGAAGGAAACACUGCCAUCUGGAAAAAGCCCAACGACAUGGGUGCAUGUUUUCCAAACAAAAAUAAAUUUGGGAUCAAAUUGUGUGAAUCUGAUGAUCCUCCGAGCGUUGCCUGGUAUUUCAAGCUGAAAGAAUGUGUGAGUAGGACAUCUUCCGUGAAAGGACAAUAUGGUGUUGGUGCUAUACCGAAAUGGCCUCAGAGGUUGGUUAAAGCUUCUUCAAGAGCCACUGAAUUGGACAAUGGAAUAGAUGUUUUUGAGGCUGACAGUAGAAGAUGGGAAAUGACAGUUGCUUAUUAUAAGAAAUCAUUAAACAUAAAAUUAGGGACCUCAGCUGUACGAAAUGUGAUGGACAUGAAUGCUUUUUUGGGUGGCUUUGCUGCAUCAUUAAUAUCUGAUCCUGUUUGGGUGAUGAAUGUCAUUCCUGCUCAAGGUCGUCCUUUAACUCUUGAUGUCAUUUAUGAUAGAGGCCUUAUCGGAGUUUACCAUGAUUGGUGUGAGCCUUUCUCAACUUACCCUCGGACUUAUGAUCUAAUUCAUGUGGCUGCUAUUGAUUCCCUCACGAAGGAUCAUAAUUCUGGCAAGAGCAGGUGUAACCUAGUGGAUCUGAUGGUGGAAAUUGAUAGAAUGUUGCGACCAGAAGGAACAGUUAUAAUUCGGGACUCACCGGAAGUGAUAAACAAAACAGAACAUAUUGCUCAUGCCAUAAGGUGGACAACAAGUAUUCAUGAGAAAGAGUCCGGGUCUCCUGGGAUGGAGAAAAUCCUCGUAGCGAACAAGAAACUUUGGUUAUCUUCAGUAUCCCAUUGACCACUCAAUAAUUCUAUAUAUCCUUUCUUCUGUAGUUCUUCUGACCUUUUUAUUUUUCUACUGUCCCUCACAUUAGCUUGUGUAGAGGUAAUUAGUAGAGUAGCCAAGAGGGUAUAGUGCGGGAAUGUACAAAAAUGGCACAACUGUUACUGUUAUACAUUAUACUAAGGAAUGCCGCUAUUAUAAUCAUUAUUA